CGUCAAACACGAUAUUUUGGUGAAUUUAUGUGGUUCUUCCAUAUUUUAGUGGAUUUUUACGGUUAAAAGAGUUAAAAUAUAUACUUACAAACUAAUCCAAUUUUUUUGGCAAGAGUUCGCGUCAAUGUGCCCGAUUUGAAUAUUUUGUAGUUACAAAAACCCUCUAAGCGCAAGGAAAGCAGUGCUGAACGAUAAUUUUGAAUGUAAACAAUGUUUUAAUGAUUUGAAUUAGUUUGAAUACAAGUGCGCGCUUCAUAAAUGAACACGCUUUUUUGGGUUAGGAAUACUAAAAAUGAGACCUUUCAGCUCAGUCAUGCUCAAAUUGGUUUAGGAUCGGGACAUUUAAUCGCGUAUAAUUCCUGGUAUAAAAAACUACAAAAAACUGUUACAGUGACCUGUUUUUCCAGUAUCGUAUCGCGGGAGUAGCUUAUCCUUGUUCCGGAAUGUACUUGUGUGGUUUUAUCAUUUUGGUCGAAAAAUUAACGUGCAUGUGUCGGUAGUGUGGGGCAACACUCGUGUUAGCCGGUAAAAUUCUCCUUUUUACGCCCAAAUGCAACACCAAUACACACAAUGCGGUUAGUCUCGCGCUUUUGCUCAUCGUGCAAUUUCAAAUAUAUGCACAGAGGUUUUGUUAGCUACCUCUCCUAUUUUAUGUAAAUUUCACGCUCUGAAAGUUCGUACUGUGUUUUAAUGACCUACAUUGUGUGAGUGAAUUUUUCGCCUCUCAAACAAUGUGAAACAAUCAUACUCUAUAUUCGCGACAUCAGUGGCCAUAUUCGUUUUUGCGAAAGAAUUGUUGGAACAGUACCUGCACGAGAAUCAUUCUAAGUCAUGAAAAUCCUCACAAAUAUGAAAUUAAAACGUGUCAUACGUGGCAUGUCAGUAGCAGAUGGAGUGCUAAUAAGUCCAGCCUCUGACUGUAAUUCCAACAAUCUGAAUGAAACAAGCUGUGUUAGCAAUGCAUCUUCACAAGACUUUGUGCAAGAUAAUUCUGACUAUCAGUGGAUUUUAGAUUUUGGAGACAGAGAGGGAAGUGUACAUCAUCAUGCUAGUAUUUUGUCGUCAUCUUACUACACCGAUGAUGUUGCACUGGACUUUGAUGCAAACCUUGCCGAAGUUGACAUGGAGAACUUCCGCAGGGAGGACAUUAAUGAUUUCCUCCAUAGCCUUCCAUCCAUUUGUUGUCCGGCCGAAAUGCAGAUGGAAAGACAGGGAGAAAUGUUCGCAAGUGUUUCGGGAUCAAUGAUGGUCCGGUUUGACCUUGAUUCUUCCAUGAGCCCUCACAGUAGUUCUCAGGAGGAAUCAAAUGAAUCUUCAAUAUGUAAAUCUGAGCUGCUUUUUUCACCGGUGAAAGAUACACUUUUACCAGUUGAUGCCAACUACAGUGUUGACUCCUUAGACUGCGGUGAACAGGAUAUGAUGCUUACAUGUUUAGCAAAUAAAGAAAACUACACAAUUGCAUUUGAAGGAUCCACUUUGAUGCAUGGGUCAGACGACUACCAAGGCACAGAGGAAAGUGAAGAGGGAACUGCAACGACAACUAGUGAUUAUUCAUCAACUCCUGAUAACAACUCAGUUGUGAGUCACAACAACGUUUCACUGUCUGAUGCCCACCAAAAAUUGACAAAGAAGCAGCAGAUUGCAAUGACGAGUUCGGAGGCGCUUUACACCACAUGGAGCAAACUCAAGGACAAGCACUCAGCAACCACAGAGACUCUACGACGCCACCCCUCCGGAAAUAAUAACAUCACACAAAUUUCUAACUACUCUCCUCUUGCUAAGUCUCUCUACAGAAAUAUAAGCCGCUCCUCGUUCCUGAAAAGUUUAAGCCUCUCAGAAUUAGAUUCUUAUCAUCAAAUGCGAUUGCGGAGAAAUAAGCCGUAUGCAUUCAACAGCUCCUUGUUAGCAUCAUUUGAAAAUGAGGCAAAACUUUUUGGAAAUGUGAAAAUCUUUAAUAUCCAAAAUAGAUCCAGCUCCGAAUCCUCUACUAGUCUAAGCACAAAAGCAAGCACAAUUCACUAUACAACACCCCAGCAUAAAGCCAACUUCAGUCUAGUCAAACUUUUUAUCGAACAGAAGUCAGCAAGCAAUUAUGCGAUAGAUCAGUCAGUGUCCAGCGAGCGUGGAUAUUGGACCUCAAGCAACACAAACAAAAAUGACAGCAAAAUAGUCAACAAGCAAUACAAGAUCAGCAAGUCACUCAGUGAUAACUUAAAUAAUAAGUCUCUGAACAAGAUGAAUAAAAUAAAUGAGAAUGACUCAGUAACAACUUUUGAAGAUAGUUUAAUGAGUCAGAACAAAGAUAAAACUAAGUCCCAGCCUGCUGAGUCGAUAGCUUUGCUGUGUAGUUGUAACGAAGAAAAUGAUAUAGAUUUAGAUGAUGUUUUAAUGAAUAGUUUUUCACUCCAAGAUGAGUGUGAUCCAAAUGCCAAGUCAUGUCAGAAUAUAAAUUACAAGCUACAAAAAAUGUACUAUGAAAAUAAUAAACUCUUGUCUGAAGCCAGCAAGAGGUUAUCAUCAAGAUGUCUUGUCCACACAGUAGAUAGGAGUAUGCAAACAUCACUUUUGAAGUCCACGUCGCCUACUAGCCUUAAAGUCAAUACACAAAAAGAAGCGCCUCUGUCCAAAAAUAAUAAUGCGAGUACAAGUUCCAGUGCUGAAGGACAGGACCCUAUCAAAAAGCCUGUGUACAUCAUGUAUCCAAACUACACUUUACCUGACUUAAAAUUUUUGAAGAACCCAGGAACAGAGCUUGACUUGAACAAUGUCUUUUUGAUGCCUCAAAAAUUCGUAACCUCUCCCACAUCCGAAAGUGCUCCGCAAAUGCCGCAAGUCCCAGAUGUACAACCCAAGCCCAGACCAUUUUCUUGUGGUGACCUGGAAGCUUUAAAGAAAAAAGGGUUCGGUCAUAUUCGCGAGUGGGAUUCACUGGCAAUGUUACUUCCUCGUGAUUAUCGCCGAGUUCUUUCUGAGGUCCCGGAGCUCCACGAACAUUUUAAAGACAAACUAGAUGAAGUUCCUAAACCUUUGUUCUGCUUAUCGCCUCCUCCUUAUCCAACUAAUCCUAAACGAACCACUAGUCAAGAUUUUGAAAAGCCCAAGCGGCAAAGUAGUUUUAGCUCAGACGGAUACUCAGAUUGUGAGAAUCGAGGAAAGAACGGGUCAUUCUCCAGCACAGCCACUCACCAAGGCUCGUCUGGUUAUAGAGGAUCUUCCACUAUUCUCUCCGAUUCGGGUUCGAAUCAGUCUCACCUUCCUGGCUCGAACCCUAUGUUUGUGUACAAGUACGACAGUGCAGCCUCGUCUGAAACAAGCUUGAAGACGCAGAAAGAAAUGCGCACUAUGGAAAAUGAAAGGAAAGCUAGUGACUUCAAGCUAAAAAGUAUCCUAAGAAAUGCCUCGUUGGAGAAUUUAAAGUCUAGAAAAAAUACCCUCAACACCAAGAGGUACAGCAUGUUUGAGUUUGGGGAUGCAGAAACAAAUACUGUUUCAGAAAAUAACUCCAAUAAAAUUAAAAGACGAUCGUUACCUGAGCACCUUCAACCAAACAAAGAACAUGUACCUGAAGAUGAAGGCAUUAUGUGUUACCAGGAUGAUGUCGAGGCGAGGAGACUAGAGGACCUUUUAGAAAUUAGUGGCGGUUUUGAACAGUGGCAGGAAGUUGAUAUGGCCAAACUUAGAGCUCAGGUCAGUCAUUUUUUGAGUCAAGCAAAUCGGAAAUCGGUCAGUUUUAAUCAGACCACCACACCUCUAAAUUCCCCCAAUAUAUCAUCCGCUCCACCUUACAGACUGUAUCAGGGAAAAAGUGGUGCUCUAUCCGAAACACCAAUCAAAGAAGAAGGAGAAAGUCCUGAAAGUUUAACGGAACAGCUUAGGUUACAGUGGAUUACUUCAGUUUCCCACAAAAAAGGCUUGAUCGAGACCGUCAAAGAAUCUUCUGAAUACGUCAUCGCAUCCUUCCAAGCUGAUGAACCAGACUGCGUUGCACAGCUAGUCCUAAAUAAUUUGUGUCCAGCCUUGUACGCUGUCCUUUCAGAUGGAUUAAAACCGACCAUUCAAACUGCGUUUGGAGACAUUCAUAAUUCUGUCUGGCAUGUUGUUGAAACUUCCGCCCAGCAAGGGCCCAUCACUAAAGGACUGAAUGAACUAGUACUUAAAUUGAACAGUGAAGAUGUGCUUACAGAAGGACUCAUCAAGUUCAAUGCAUUUAUUUUUGGACUUCUAAACGUUCAUGGAUUAGAUGCUUGGUUUGGUUAUUUACGCACGAGAGAAUCUCUGUUGAGCAAACACUAUUCCGAUGAAGGGUUGCUGCUAUCUGCAUGUAGAAGCGGCUCAACAGUGAGAGGACUAGUAGAUCUACUUAUCACCUGUAUCCGACCCCUGGCUGAGUUGCCCUUCAAACUAGACCUUCUCUAUGAAUGCAAACAACUUCACCAAAGUUUACUUCAAAUAAGUCGGCACCCACUAUCUCCAGUACAAUCUAGCAUUGGUAGCAAUAACCGAACUUCAUGGACUUUACGGAAACUAAUGAGGUCCCUCCAGAGUCUUGCUGCUCAAUCCACCAGUGAACACGAAGAUGCCAAGCAAACUAUUUCAGAUCCAGUUAAGGCUCGACCCAGGUCAUGUGUUGACUCUGCAGACCCAAGUGAUGUUGCCAGUACCGCUCAAAAACGGUGGAGUGGUGUUCUACCAGGCAGCAAACUGGUGACUGCAUUUCAGAGACUCGGAUGCGAUGAAGACGAGUACACGGAGGACAGUCUGGAGCCUAACAUUAACAACUUCGCUUCCAACAACAACCACAAUUCUAGUGAAGAUGAUACAUCGGCUAACACAGCCGAAUUAGAAUCUGAAACAUUAAUGCAAGAGGCUGAAAACCUUAUGAAAAAUGCAACAAAAGACGGAAAAUUCAAGCGUUUACAACUUAAAUGGGAAAUGUUGAGUAGUAAAGACACAAGAACUCCUACCAAUGGUAGACUAUCUACCCCAUCUUCGCCCGCUAAAAGCUGUGGCUCUUCAGCAUCAGGCGCUUCUUACCCCAGGUCAAGAAUUCCUCGACCCGUCUCGUCUCCUACUAGGAGUAGUGCCCCAAUGCCUCCUGUCAAAAAAGUUCUUUCGCCCUCCACUCAACAGUCAUCAACUUUAAGGAAACCCUUAUCCACACCUAAUAUUAAAAAGCAACUCUCCGCUGAAGUCAAUGCCACCAAGCCCCCUGCCCCUAGCAGAAUCAGCAGAGCUGAUCUUGGAGCAGUGCCCAAACCAGGUGCUGUGAAGGCAGUCAGACCUUCAAGUUUACCUUACAGGAAUGCUUUUCUCGUUCGGCCAUCUAAAGCAUCAGAGAGCUCGAAAAAGAUACCUCAAUCUUCUGUCAGAAAUCGAUCUUUAGAACCACACAAGUAUGUCCAGACUCUGCUGCAUAGACUUCCAUCUGAUAGUGGACAUCUUUCUUUCAAUGAAGGGGAAAAGUUACGACUUGUUCUGGAAGUUGAUGAAAAGUGGCUUCUGUGUUGUCGAGGCGACCAGAAAGGCCUUGUUCCAAGGAGUGCAGUUAUUGCCUGCAGUAGGUACUGAAUUUCUCCACAAGGUAUUAUGAAGCAUUGUGACUGACCUUUGAAUUGUAUGCUCUUUACCUGGGAGUCAACUUUCUAGAAUGACCGUACAUGAGCAGGUAUAGGCAUUCAUUAAACUUACAAUUAAUUUAUACAAUUCCAAACUUAUCAAGCCUCAUAGUUAGCUUACUAUUAUAAUGUGGUACUGAAAUUUUUUUGAAGCAGCUUAACUUGCUCUUGUAUCAUGCAUAGACAUAAUCUGUAUAUACUUAUCAUCCACACUUUGGAAAAAAAGCAAAAAAAAAAGACUUAUAUAUUUUCUAAGUGUCAAAUACUCCUAUUAUGUAAGUACUAGUUGUUGCAAAGACUUAUUAGAUUUCUAAGUGCGAAAAUUUGAAUUUGUAAGAAAAGGAAACAAAAAAAUAAGAAAGGAGUAAGGAUUCUCUUUGAAACAAAACUGAAAAUUCAUGUAUUCGUUUGUACAGUGUUUUGCCCUACUUUCUCUUUCAUCAACAUUUUCAAUGAGGUUAUGCAAGCCUAUUUCGUCAGUAUUCUCAGAAGAGUAUUUUUAAACGGCUUUAUUGAGAUAUGUUCGUGAAUUGAAAAGUAUUUUAUAUUUGUAUUUUGUACAGUAUUUUUCCUACCUACGCUUAAAAUGUCAAAAGUGUGCAGUGAACUGUUGUGUCCUUGCACCUUAAAUUUCUGACAGCUUUGUUUUUGAAGAUCAUGCGAUUUUACACUCGCAAAAGUUUCCAUCUUUUAUCAGGCGGAGCCUUUUAUUUGUGAGCUGUUAGUGCUAUUGUAUUUUUACUGUAUUCCAAAAUUCAGAUGAAAAGAUGAAUUAUCUCUUCAUUUUACCAACAAUUUUUUUAAAGGUGAGGUGUAAGAAUUUUAAUCUCAAUUUUAAAUCCCCGCUUUCCCUAUUACAUCAAUGAAAACUCAGAUUUUAUUUCUUUGAUUUCACUUUGUUUCCUUUCUUUCUUCCUCUUGGAAACUCAUUCAUUGAAAUGCCUAGAAGCACUUUAAAUACAUUUUCUUUUGUUAAUUUUAUCUUUUGAAUUUAAUUUUGAAAAGAUUAGAUAAAAUCACUCCAAUAAAUGAAGUGAGUUGACUGAAGUUACUGCAACAUUGACGGUGCUUCACUCUUUUGUUUUCUCCCUUUCUAUUUUUUUUUUCCUCUUAUAUUUCACGUGCUGAAAAUUAUUUUAUUUAAAUAGCGUAAUAAGUUUGAAAUUGUUUUUCCUUCCUAAUAUUUUUAUUCUAUCGCUCUUUUUUCUAUAAUAAAUAAAAAAAUUUUUUGGUCUCUCAUUAAUGAAUCAAAAUGGAGUGUGCAUAGAAGUCGCACCCUUCCCAGAAUUAACUACUCUUUUUGUCGUCAAAAAUUUGAUUCCCACGCCUAAAAAUUGACUACAUCCUUUCCGUUUGUUCAAGCUUUAUUUUAUAUUGGUGUCAUCAGUCUGAAAUCAGCCUCUCUUUUUCCAUCUUGUUCUCUAAAUUUUUUCACCUAUGCUUUGUACUGAUUUGUCUUGCAACCUGAGUGAAAUGAUUGAACAAUUGCCAUAUCACCAUGUUAAAAUGAAAUUGGAAAUAUAAUUGGCAUAAUCGAUCAUACUUGUUUAUAGAUAUGAUCUGAAGUCUACUUUUGCUAGAUUUUUUUCAGACUUCCAAAGAAAUUUAUCUAGGAGAACUUACUAAUUCACUCAUUUUUGGUUAACACCAAUCUGAUGCCAUCAAUUGUAGAUUAUGCUCAAACAUAUGACUUGUUAUAAGAUUGUACCCAAGAAUUUACUAAAAAGUUUAUGUUGCACUAAAUAGUAACUCUUGUUUUAACAAUGUUUUAAAAACUUCAAUAGCAGGUCUAUUUCAGCGUAUAAAAUAAUUUGUCAUUAAGUAAUGAGCUGGAAAACUGGGUGAGUCUUCGAUAGUUUCUGUGUUGUAAGACUGCCUCUAUGAACUUUGAAUCUCCCGAAUUGUUUUCAUUAAUUGUAAAAAGAUGAGCUUGUUGCCACAAACCCUCUUUUUGCCUGCUCUCUUUGAAUAAAUCCUCUUUCAUCUAGAAUUUUUUUCUCUCAAAAUUUAUUUUCUUUUUGUGCCCUUGAAGUAUGGUAAUUAUCUCAUAAUUCCAGCCCCGCACUUUAAUAGAACACAAACAGUCUUAUCAUUUUCACUGAGCGUUCAUCAUUUAGUUUUCCUAUCCAAUUUUCUAUCUAUCAAAUUCUGCUUGAAUUCCUCACAAAAAAACCUGAGAUCUUCUCUGUAAAAAAUUUGAUACCUUUUUAAAAUUGCUUUCCUUCUCUCUUUCUCUCUGUAUUCUGUGAAGAAAUGAUUCAAGACCAAAGGUCGUAUUCUGUCAUACCAUGUAAUGAUGCCUCAAGUCUUUAAAACAUGCAUGUUCUCCAAAAUAAAUUCAACCGUACUAUUCUUCCCAAACCGGACCUGUCAUUUCCCCAACCUGUCAUACAUCCAAUGAAAUUUGUGACAUUUUCUCUCUUUGAUCUUGAGCCAAAUAACCUCCGAACAUCUCUAAAUUCUAUAUCUAUAACAUGCCAAGUAUCGGUGUCAGUGUCUCUUUCUUGUUUUUCUGUUUGUCUGCUUUGUUUGAUACUCAACUGUUGCUAUUUGUUGCACUGAUAUCUCUCUCUGCAGAAUAACUGUGAAAUAGGACUUUUGAAACUCCUAAAUGGAGAGAAAAUAACUUUGAAAAUUGUGCAAAGAAUCGAGAUGAUUUUGGUAAGACUUGAUACGGCCUUUACAAUCAAAGAUUCUGUCAGCUUUUUAACUUAAAUCAGUUUCAGUUUAUUUUGUAGAAAACUGGCCUUCAGUAAAUUUAUAAGAAGCUUAAACUGCAAAGUCUUUCCAGUCGCUGCUUCCGAAUGUCAGAUUCUAGUGUAACCAGUACCUCUUUUCUCUCUUUCUUUUCAAAAUAGAUAGUAUAAUUUAAGUCAUCAAAUUGAAAAUUAAAACAAGAGGGUAGGCAAGAAAAGGAUUUGGAUGUGAUUAAAUAGCAACUCAGAAACCAUGCACUCAUGAUUACAUGGCUAAAAAUAUCUAAAACUUAAGAGUAUUUAUCUGAUCUUUCAGAAGAUUAAUUUUCAGCAAGCAAACCUUUUAUUAAGUUAGAUACUUUCCAUGACCAUAUCAAAAAAACUGUGACAACUCUAUUUUUUUUUCUUUUCUUUUCUUCUUUUCUUUGUUUUUCCCUUUCGUCUCUCAUUGUUUCCGAUGGGACUUUUUUUGAGGAACCUACUUACCUUUCAGACUUGUGUCCAUCUAAAUGGAGAUUUCAAAAACAACUUUCUGUUUUUCUUUUUUUCUCUCUCAUUUUUCCUCCCCUGUCCAUUCUGUGUUUUCAAACCACUGAAAUAUUCAAUAUCUCUUGAAUUACAUCCCCAAUAGUUUAAUCUGCAGUAUUCGGAUGCCUGUUUUUUCAUGUUAUAGCUAAGAUAAGUUAAUGCGUCAGUAUUUUCGAUCUCUUUUUCUAGUUUGUUAAUAAUUUUGUUAAUGAAAUUUGUGCAAAAUGUGCAUUUGUAAUAUUAUUUGUAUCUUUCAACCCUUAAUUUUUCAUUUUUUUUCUUUCUUUUUUUUGCCUUUGUAUUAUAAUUUUUUUAUUAUUAUUUUGGUGCUAUUAAGAAUUUAAUUAGCUAAAUAACAAAUCUGAGAGGACAAAAGAACCAAAGAUUUGUCAAAAAAGCAGAAAAAUUGCAUUGUCAAAAAUAAAUUUCCCCUUUUUAGAUAAAUGUUUGUGCAAUGAAUGAUAUGCUAAGAAAUUGUGUGCCAUGCUUGGUAAAAAAUCAGGUUUUAGUGCAGCGGUUUUUCAUUACAUAUUUUAUAUUCUGCUUUCUCUGCAUCUUGUGCCCCGCUGAUAAGUUUGAAUAUGAGUGUUUUAAACAGACCUUAUUUUUUAUACUUUGUAUUGCUGUCAAAGCAGGAAUUGCUUGAGCCUUUGCUUCUCUCCUUGUUUUGUCCCUAAAAAGGCUGCAAAUAUGUAAUUGCUGAAGAAUAUAUUUUAGUGGUUUGUCUAGGUAUUGAGAUUAUUUUUUGAUCUGGUUGUUAAUUCCAAGUAACUCAAUUUUCUCUCUAUUUCUUUUUCAAUUAUUGGUUUGAUUCAGCUUAAAAAUUGACACGGUAACAUGAUUGAUAACAAUGUGUCGGCCAACUCAUUUUUGAGAGAAGCUCAUGACUGUUUCACUCUUCAUGAAGAUUUUUUCUUAUUUUCAUUAUUAUUCUCUUAAUUGUACUUUUUUUACUCCACAUGUGCUUACUAUUCUUUCUUCAGAUUUUUGCUUAAUUAAUUAUAUUAGCUAAUUUGCCAUCCUCUUAAACAUCUCUUCUUGAUUGUUGUUUUGACUUAAUUUGCUGUGUAUUUUAAAUUCUUCCAUUCUCAGUACCUACAAUUCCUGGAAUAUGAAAUUUUGUUCUCCAUCCUCUAUGCUGAACCUACUAUUUUUUAAUGGAAAAAGUGUAAUAAAUAAACCAUUAAUUUUUAAA